ACCGCCGAGACGUCCUCCAUCCUGCCUUUCGCUCACUCAUCCUCCCCCUUCCUUUCCGCGCUUUGAUCACUCACUGCUUCUCCUCCGUCCGCUUUGCCCGUCGACCUUUUCCUCCGCCGCGCCGCCCUUCGCAACCUCACCUACUCUCAAUCGCCGCCCGUCCUCUCCUCUCCCAGAAACUGCCCGUACCACUCCUCCAGACACGCAAGCGUGACCGUCAUGGCCGCCUCGGUGCCGCCGCAGCCCCCCCAACAGCAGAACCAGCUCCCCAUGCAGUCGCGUACUGGCCGGAAUAACCAGAGGUACGGCUCGCAGGGAGAGCGCCUCGUUGCCGGCAUUGUGCCCCUCUCUGCCGACAAGUACUAUGUCCUCCUCAUCCAGUCCACCCGCCGCGGCGGCUGGGUUCUCCCCAAAGGCGGAUGGGAGACGGAUGAGGCAACCGCCCAAGAUGCUGCCAAACGCGAGGCCUGGGAGGAGGCCGGCAUUAUUGUCAAAAUCACAUACGACCUGGGCCUGGUCCCCGAGAGGAGAAAGCCGAACCAGCUCACCGCCCAGGCCCCGAAAGCCUCCUACCACUUCUUCGAAGCCCUGGUCGAGAAGCAGGAGGCACAGUGGCCCGAGAUGCACAAGCGCUCCCGCCAGUGGUUCACCUACACCCAAGCACGCCAGGCCCUGGCCGACCGGCCCGAGUUGCUCGAUGCUCUCGAUCGGUGUACUAUGCACAGGUAGACGGCCACGAGGGAGACUGCAUGCCGUCUCGCCAACAAUCCGCACUUCUUUUCGGAUCGACGCUCGAAGAAAUAAUACCCCGGCCUUGUCGGACGGUCGAUUUCCGCAUCAGCGUAAUGCAUAACCGGAGAGAUUACAAAAAAUGGGAUG